CACGCCGAGAGUGGCCACACCCAAAAAAAACACCACCACAGCCUCCACACCACACGGAUCUCGUUCUGAGCGGUCCUAGAGUGUACCGACUCGGCUGCGACCGCGGCGGCGGCCGCGCGGGCCCGCGUCGCCGUCCAGCACCGGAGGAACAAAGCCAUGGGGCUCCCUGUACCGGUGCUGGGCGGCGCGCGGCGACGGCGCGGGCGCGGCGCGACUCCCGAGGCUGUGGCGGCGGCCCAGCGCUCGGAGGCGCGUCGCGUGCGGCGGUGAUGCUUGCGGCGGCGGCACGACGGGGACGCGCCGAUAAGGCGUCGUCGAUUUUUACGAGGAGCGGCGCAGGUCGCACCGCAGACACGCCCGACCACGCGAAGGCGGUCCCAGUAGACGCCGUCGCCCGCAAGACGCCGCGCCGACGCACCGCGCUCAUUGUCGUGCCACCUAGCCAUGGGUAGCAGCAAGAAGCCGAGGGGGUCAAAGGCCGACCUAAAAGAAGCCGACCGGGAGUCGCGGUGCCUCGCCUUGCUCGAGGAGGUCAAGACCGCGACGCCGUUCCCGGACGGCCCGGACGACCUGAAGAACAAGUCGUCGAAGUGGACGAACGUCGACGCCACGAACGUCCACAACAUCAAGAAGAUCAUCGCGACGCUCACGCUCGCGGACGUGCCGACGGACGGCACAUUUAGGCAGGACGGCGGCAAGGGCACCGACAGAGGUUGGAUCGGCACCUACGUGCGGUUCCUGAUCAACGACCUUGCGACGCAGAAGCGCAAGGCCAAGGACAAGCUCGACAAGGAGGAGAGGAAGAAGCGCGGCGAGUGCGACCUGCUCUUCGCGGACCUCGACCAGCCGGCGAGGGAGGCCGCGUGGCGGGCCGUCCUCUUCAAAGACGGAAAAGUGACGAUGGGGAUAAGGACCUUCGAGGCGCGGGCCGGGAACGCGAACAACUGCCAAGUCUUCUGGAAAGCCCUCAAGGAGGAGGAGAAAGCCGCGACGGUCUCCAAGGCCAAGGCCGACGGCGAGGUGCGAGAGAUGACGCGCGAGGUCAAGCUGCCCGACGCCUUGGUGCCGGGCCAGGAGGACGACGGCGCGAUGCCCUUCGGCGCGGGCGGCGGCGUGAUGUCGGGGGCCUGGUUGAUCGGCGACCUCAAGGACAAGUACAUCAUCGGCGUCGUCGAAAAGGCCGCCGCGCGCCGCGGCGUGUCUCUGGAGGACAUGGGCGCGGACUGGGCGCGUGCUCUGUUGAAAAUAAAGCGCGCGCUGGAGAUGAAGCUGCGCCGCGUCGGCAUGACGACGAAUGCACGGUGCGUGACGACCGCCCUGACCACUGGGAGGGACUUCACCCUGCUCGGGGUGCGGGCGAGCGAGCGCGCGCUGGUGCGGCUGGUCGCAAGACUGCGCGAAGCGCCGACGCGCGACGCGCGGGACGUCGUCGCGCUCCGGGAUUGGAACCGCGGCGACGCGCGGGCGUGCCUCACGGCCUGCGGCGACGCGCCGCGCGUCGGCUUCGGCGCGGCGGCCGGCGGCGUUUUAGGAGGCGGCGCGGCGUCGCGCGGCUGGCUUCAAUCGGGUCGGGUCGGCGCGGCGAGACUGAGCGCCAUGGCUGUUUCCGAUGAAGCGCCGGCGUCGUUGGGCGACGCCUACCAGGGCUACGACUGGGCGCGGGCGGUUGUGGAGAGCGCCUCGAAGUCUAGUUCCGCGUCGCGCGAGCCGCUCGUGGUGAUGACGGACACUGGCUCUGAGGUCUCUCUGGAUCUCAGAAGCCCGACCUUCCUGGCGGACUACGCGCGGCUCUUCUCUCGGAACCUCGGCGAGGUUCCAGCGAUCAACGCCGCUUUAGAUAAGCUCGGGCUCCACGAGACGCCGGGGGGCGAAGGCGGGCUGUGCUUGCUGGAUUGGGGUCUGAUGGCGUUCGACCCGCUGACGGGCAAGGGCGUGGCUGGACCUUUCAUCGAGACGUGCGAGGACAUCGACGCCGAGGAGUCGAAGAAGAAGGAGAUAGGGGCCCAGGGCAAGUUCUACGCCCCGAAGAUUUUGCAUCUCGCUCUGCAAAAGGCGAUUCUGUCGGGGAAGCUCCACUUCGAGCGCGACAUGCUGACCCUCUUCUACUGCAUCUUUGGGAAGCUCUUCUUCGCCUUGCUCUUCUACGCGGGCCGCAUCACGAUGCUCAAGGCGCGGGCCAUGGGCUUCGACCCGACGCUGGUCCCUCUGGAGCUGCCGUGCGAGGACCUCCCGAUGGUGGACCCCUCGAUCGCGAAGCGCUUCCCGAACGGCAUCGUCAUCGAGUCGAGCGACCACCUGCUCCCGAUCCUCCACGCGACGAACGACAAGUUCUUCGACGAGGGCAAGUGCGUCCUCUGGGCGCUGGCCUUCGCCGCCUACUACGGCGCCGACCACCCGCUCGCGCGGGCCGCGCUCGCCGCGGUCGGCGCGCGCAAGGACGACCACGAGCGCGCCGCGUCGCGCGUCGCGGCGUGCAAGAAGGCGAUCGACGCGCUCGCGACGGGCGGCGGCUCGUCGGCGCGGUCCCGGACCGCCGCCCCGGCACUGCCGCCGCCGCCGCCGCCCGUGAUGAAGCGCUGCGGUGGGUGUGCGCCCUGCCGCAGAAAAGACGGCUCCCCCUGCAACAACCCGGUCCCGCGCGGGCCGGUGCAAGGCCUCGCGGCGACGGACGGCGCGGCGGCGGCGGCGCCUUUCCUCAAGUUCCCGUCGCUCGAAGCCGCUCUCGAUGCGGCGAAGACGCCGCUCACGUUCCAGAUCCGGUUCGCGGUUCCCGCCACGGGCCCUGGCGAGCCGCCCAUGACCAAGUGGUACUCGAUCGGCGACUUCGCUCCUGUGAUGAAUGUGCUCUCGAGCUACAGAAAUUGGGAUGCUGUUAGAUCGAACCACUCAUGGGUCCUCGAGUCGGAGACGUGCCGCGCCAUGGAGGCCGCCGCGUGCGCGUCCUCCGCGAUCUUCGCCGGCAUGCGCAUCACGGAGAUCGCGCCGCCGCAUUCGGUCGCCCACGUGUUCGACCCGACAAAAGAGUGCAAGCACGACCAGACCUACACGAUCUGGGCGGGCGUCGACUUCGAGAUCAUGCUGCCCGGCGGCCGCGUCAUCUCGAAGUCCGAGUUCCUGCUCCAGGAGCUCGAGAAGUACAUGGCGGCGCGCGCCUAGCUUGGGGCGCAUGUGCUUCUGUUCUAAGUCAAGAUUUCCUC